GGUAUCAUGAAGCCCGCUAUUUGUCGUCUCGCUCGUCGUGGAGGUGUGAAGCGUAUUUUGGGUGUUAUCUAUGAGGAGGCCCGUUGUGUCCUGAAGAUUUUCCCUGAAAAGGUCAUUCGUGACUCAGUAACGUACACAGAACACGCGAAGCAAACCACAUUGACGGUGCUCGACGUCGUGUGCGCA